AUGAAGUAUUGUAUCAUUUUAUUGACGAUAUUAAAGACUGUGAACGAAGUUAUUGGAAGUUGUAAUCUGUCACUAAAAGAUGACUUCCCUAGUCCGUCACCUGUAUACGUGCACAAUGGCGGAUUAUUGGCGCCAAACACAGCGGACGGCGCCAUCUUGUUGCGCAGAUCGGAAACUUUGCAAAUAGCCUGCCCAGGGAAUAAAAGGAAUAUUGUAAUAGGAAAUCAAACGACUACUCUAGAUAUAUUGAAUGUCAAGUGCGUAUCCAGUAAGACUUUUCGAUCGUCUGAUAAUGCUUGGAUUGGAGAAAUUAAAGAAGUCAAAUGUAACGCACCUCCGUGGUACGCGGCCGUGCAGACGCGGCAAAAGUGUCAUGGAAGAAAUAGUCUUUACAACGCAGGCUACAAUAUAUCCGGUGUCUUCCACAAACUGUACGAACUAUGUUUUGACAAAGGGAGAUACACCACACUCUACGCGAGACACGACCUGACCCCUUCGAGUUACUUCUCGCAAAUCAGCGCGCGUCCAGCGUUUAUUGAGGGCGAUUUAUUUGGGAAGGUCCGAAUGCUGCAACUGUACAAAGUGGAAAACCAGAAGAGAAGACUCGACGACAUUCUCGGCAAGGGAAUGCACGAGAAAUACAUCACCAAAACUCAGUUCCUAAAUCGUGGACACUUAGCGCCUAAAGCUGAUUACACACUGGGCGCAGAGCAGCGCGCGUCUUUCCACUACGCGAACACGGCGCCACAGUGGAUGAGGGGGAACGCUGGAGACUGGGCCGCACUUGAGGAAGCAGUCAGACGUCGCGUAUACAAUUUGAACAGUACAGUCACAUUGUACACGGGGACUUACGGCGUGGCCACGCUGGCGGACCAAACAAACGUCCAGCGUGAAAUCUACCUCGGCCUCGACGAGAACAACAACCGCGUUGUGCCCGUGCCCUUAUAUUUCUUUAAGCUGGUGUACGACCCGACAAGGAAAACGGCGGUAGUGUUCAUCUCAAUCAACUCAACAUAUUACAAUCAGACGAUGCUGGACGAACUGUCGUUUUGUGAUGACGUCUGCGACGACAAUCCGAAGUACAAGUGGCUUAGAUGGCGCAACGACGGCACCCAUAGCUUCUGCUGUAAUUACCAAGAUUUCGCGAAACGUAUCAACAUUUUGCCAAAGAUGAAAGUCAACGGACUGUUUUAUUGA